AGAAACGGCACAUUAGGGAUGAGCGCAGGCACGUUGCUCAGAAGUGAGGCUUUGUCCUGGAUGUCGGAUAUAAGCAACGUGACCGGGGACCCGUCCCAGGACCUGGUUCUGCAGCCUGUUUGGGACUACCUCCACCAGAACCAUCACGACCUCCUGAGGAGCCCUCUCUUCCCCGUCGUCGUCUCCGUCACCACAUACUGUGUGCUGGUGGGCAUCUACACAGUGCUGGACUUGUUGGCUCCCACCUGGCCCUGCAUCAACCGGCGCCGGCUGCACCCCGACAGACCCGUCACCUGGCCUAACAUCUGGACCACGCUGGGCAUCACCAUCUACAACCACCUGUUCUUCAUCUUCCCCGCUGCAGUGGCGCAGUGGCUGUGGAGGCCACCGACCCCCCUGCCCCACGAAGCCCCCACCCUGUGGAGCUUCUUCCUGGGCAUCCUGGGCUGCAUGUUCGUCUUCGAUUUCCAGUACUACCUGUGGCACCUCCUGCACCACCGCGUUCCCUGGCUGUACCGCACCUUCCACGCCGUGCACCACCAGUACAACCAGCCCUUCAGUCUAGUCACCGAGUACCUGUCUGGCUGGGAGCUGUUCAGCGUGGGGUUCUGGGCCACGGUGGACCCCAUCCUGCUGCAGUGCCACUGCCUCACGACGUGGAGCUUCAUGGUCUUCAACGUGUACGUUUCCACCGAGGAUCACUGCGGCUACGACUUCCCGUGGUCCAUGCAUAAUCUGGUGCCCUUUGGCAUCUGGGGAGGCGCCCCCAAGCACGAUGCUCACCACCAGCGACCCGGCACCAACUUUGCCCCAUUCUUCGCACACUGGGACUGGCUCGGGGGGACCCACACCGUGCCAGCUCCCUCCAGCCACGCCGCCACUGCAGAGCCAGACGAGAUGAAAGAGAGAAAAGACUGAAGAGCCAGGAAUCUUUUAUUGACUGCUUCUGAUUUACUCAAACUGCCCGGCGUUGCAAUGCACUUGUUUGUUUCUCCUCUCUGUUGCAGUCCAGUUCCUCUCCCUCGGUAUCAUUAUUCUAACUCGCCCUUUUCUG